CGGUCCUCCCGACAACCCGACACAGGGCACGGGGCUCCAUCUGCUGGGCUCCCGUCCGCUGCCCAAGCUUCCUGGGAGUUCCCCGAGACUGUCCUUGCUCAUCCAGCAUCCCUGCUAUCCCGGGUCCCCUCAGCUACAGGCUCCUGCUUCCUGUUGUCGGCAGCCAUGAGGUCUCGGCUUCUGCUUUCUGUGGCCCGUCUGCCCACGAUCCGGGAGAGCUGGGAGGAGGUGCUGCCUGGGGGGCCCAGGCAGGAAUCCCCGGCUUCCCCCAGCCUGGAGGACUACAGGAGGUCCAUUCAUCAGCUGGCACAGCCCACCUCAGUGCUGAACGAGGCUGCAGCCAGGACCCGGCCCAGCAAACCCCACUGGCACGCCCGGGCCUGCGAGAAGAGCUGCCCCACCGGGUCCCUACAGGACAUCACCACUCGCUUCAGUGGCCAGCAGCCCCCGCUGCCUGGGGCCAGCACUGCUGACCCCCUGGACUGGCUCUUUGGGCAGUCCCAGGAAAAGCAGCCAAGAUUCAGGGACCUGCCUAGGAGGACUGGUCCCUCUUUUGAUCCCUGGGGUCCUCACAGACAGAUGGAGAGCCGCGAGGCCCCAGGGGGCCCCAGAGGGAAGCUCUAUGAUGCUAAGGCACCAGGGCACUGUCCAGUGAGACCCUUAAGGGCCUGGCACCAGGGCUCCCGGGCUUCCCGGCAACCCAUCCUGGCUGCAACCUCCUUGCCAAGCUCCCACCCCAGCAGAGUUUUCAGAACUCUCUAUUUACACCUCCCAGUGAUCAAUGAACUCUGACCCCUUCCCAAUAAAGACUUCUGUACAGAGA